AUGGAUGAGAGAUGUAAUAAAGGUGAAAAAAUUCAAGGCCUAAAAGCAGUGACUAAAAAUGAUAAAUCAUUAGAUUUUUGGAGUAGUCAAUCGCAACAAAUUGUAUCGUCGAGUGGAGUAACAAUGAUUAAUCAUUCUCAUCCUCAAAGUUAUGCAAGCAAUCCUCCUAAAUUUGUCAAUCAAGGGCUUCUUGUCUGGAAUGAGAUAAGGCAACAAUGGACUGGAAAUAAAAGUUUUGAGAAUCAGACAAUAGUUACAGAACCAAGUUUAAGUUCAAAUGCCACCUAUGAAUAUGAUGAACUACUUGGAAACAACAAGCCUUUUCCUCAACCAAUCCCUCUAAGAGAAAUGAUUUACUUUCAUGUUGAUAUUUGGGAGCAAGAGUGUCUAUUUUAUUGA